AUGGCUUGGGCAUGUUUUGAGUUGACCUCCGAGUACGCUUCUGCUGUCAGGCCUGGAGAUCCAGUGAAGCAGCUGGAUGAAGCAACGCUGGAAUACAACCUGCCUGCUGCACCCCCAGGGGCACAUACGCCACGAGCAAUUGGCAGCACUGAAUAUGCGCCAAUGGAUUCCGAUGCCUAUGUGGGCCCUGCUGGUGCCACGACAGGGCCAGCAGGCAAGGUGCCCACUGCCUUCGAGCGAAUCAGCAAGCGCCGCUAUUUAAGUGUCUCAUUCCUGCGAGGAGACAUCAGCAGAGGACAUGCGGCGGUAGCAUCCGUUGCUUUUCUCAAGCAACCUGUGCGCAGCUUCAGCGAGAGGAUUGAGGUGAACCCGGGUGGCGCACACGUGGCAGCCUUGGAUCUCCAGGAUGACUCGCAGCUUGUGGUGGAUGCAGCAGUGGCUGAGUUUAGUGAUGGCGAGGUGGCUAUCCGCCUGUGCUUUACCACUGGGCAUUUGAGUGGAUCCUUCAAGCGAAUCUGCUUGGAAGGGCUGCAUGGGUCCAAGACAUUUGGAAUGUUUGAGGUGGAGAGUGCUGGGCAGAAGUCAGGACCUCAGGGAAGGCAGACUCCACUCAAAGUUUCCAGGUUUGACGAGCGGCCCAGUGAGACCGGGCAGCUGGGCAGCGCAGAGGGCAGCUUUUCAAAGGGGGUGCAGGUUAAGGCCGGGCAGUCCCAGGCAGACAGCAUGGGCACUGGGGGAUUUCUCAACCCGCCCCCUGGAGAGGUCUUUGAUGGGGAUCACAAUACUCCUGACAUCCCUGUGGAGGGUGACCCUGGGACCAUCAAGGGCGUCAAGGUCACCUCUGUGGAUGAGCCUGGCAGCAGCAGCAAUGUCAAGGCAGCACCACAUAAGGAUGCCAACUAUAGUGUCAGCGCUGACUCAUCCCUCCCUCCAGGAGUUGCCGCGGACGCAUCAACCCCUCCAAUGGCUCGGGGCUUUUUCACAGCGCCUGCAUGGUUCUCAGCAGCGUCAGAUGCAGCAGAGCACAAGACUCCUGGAGCAGGCCCCAAGAAGGACUCCUAUGCAGAGGUCAAGCAUCUACCCGACCGCCCAGAGCCGGUGGAUGCUGGAGUGGUGACAGAUCUGCAGACGGGGGUCAAUGUCAUAGGGGGCACCCCAGUGAAGCCACAGGCGGACCGGAUGACUCACCCUGACCAGCUGCACCGCGACACAGAGAGCAUGCAGCCUGAGAUUGAUUCGCGCAUUGAGACGAUGGUGCCAGACGAAAACACUACCUUGGCAGGUCGACCCCACUAA